AAUUAAAAUAUUUUUCUGAAAAAGCUCGUCACGCUUCACUUGUGCUUACAGUUACAAGAACUGAGAGAAAGAUGGAAGGUGGUAAGAGGGCAGAGGAAGCAGCAGGACCAUCAUGUGCAGGAACCAACCAAGAAAUGCCUCAUCACCCAAAUGAAGAAGAAGAUGAAGAAACUGAAGACGAGAAAGAAGAAGAUGAACAAGACUUUGAAACUGAUCACCAUGAAAAUACCACCUUUCAACCUGGCCCUCUUCUUCCUCUCAAGGACCAAAUCGAACGGGACAAGGAGGAUGAAAGCCUAAGGAGGUGGAAGGAGAAGCUGUUGGGGUGCUUAGAAAGCGAUUUUGACGGUCAAGUGGAUCCUGAAGUGAAAUUCCACUCCAUUGGCAUAGUCUCUGAGGAUUUUGGCGAAGUUGUGACUCCUUUACCAUUGAAUGAAAAUCAAAAUGCUCGUGUUCUAUUCACUCUCCGGGAAGGGUCUCAUUAUCAGCUUAAGCUAAAAUUUAGUGUUCUUCACAACAUUGUGUCUGGCUUGAAAUACUUCAACACUGUUUGGAAAGGAGGGAUUCAAGUUGAUCAGAGCAAAGGAAUGUUGGGUACGUUCGCGCCUCAAAAAGAACCUUAUGAACAUGCAUUGAAAGAAGAGGUCACUCCGUCUGGUGUACUUGCAAGGGGUGUUUACUCAGCCAAACUUAAGUUUGAAGAUGAUGAUAGAAGGUGUCACAUGGAACUCAAAUAUUCAUUCGAGAUCAAAAAGAGCAUCUAGCCCUGGUUCUUGCCACAU